AUGAAACCAUCAAUAGCGGGGAAAGGUUUCAAAGUAACAUGUUACGAACAUCUAAAUUGUAAGACAUCGUCAUUAUGUUUGGAUUGGCGCGAAAUUUGUGAUAGAAAAAUCGACUGUUUCGAUGGAUCGGAUGAGUUCAAUUGUUGGGAACUUGAAAUGAAUGAAUGUGCUGAGAACGAAUAUCGUUGUCACAAUGGUCAAUGUAUUCCAAUAGAAUUUUAUCAUGAUGUUAGAACAGAGCCGGAUUGUUUAGAUGGAACAGAUGAACCUGCAUAUCUUCCUUCCUACAAGUAUUGUGCUAUGCAUCCUGAAUUUCGAUGCGAGGAACGUACAUGUUAG